GAUUAUGAAAUCAUAGCCAUUACAGCAAAUCAACCUUAAUACAAAGCAUUAGAAAAAAAAGAGUAUUAAUGGUAGAAAUAUUUAUGAAAUUGGGGGUAUUUAAAUGAAGAAUUUUAGGAACUUAAUUUGUUGUUGAUGAUCGGUACGAAUGUCAAAAAUAGAUUGGGCACGGAGCAUAUGGUGUAGUCUGCUCUGGUGUCGAUUUAGUUAAAAAUAAAAAGGUUGCUAUAAAAAAGGUAUCAUCAUAUGUAAUUAGAUAUAAAAUGCUUUUGAUGAUCUGAUCGAUGCAAAGAGAAUUGUUAGAGAAAUUAAGUUACUUUAAUUUUUUUAACAUGAAAAUAUUAUUAGUUUAGUGGACAUCCUUAAACCAGAAACAAAGACUGGUUAUAAUGAUAUUUAUAUCGUUACUGAGUUAAUGGAAACAGAUUUACAUAGAGUUAUAUAUUCUAGAUAAGAUUUAACUGAGGAACAUAUUCAGUAUUUUAUGUAUCAAACUCUGAGAGGGUUGUUAUAUAUUCACUCGGCUAAUGUUAUGCAUAGAGACUUAAAACCUAGUAAUAUAUUGGUCAACAAGAAUUGUGAUUUAAAAAUAUGUGAUUUGGGCUUGGCUCGAGGGUUCGAAAUCGAAGAUGAAAAUAAAACAGAGUAAUUUUCUUCUAAAUCCAUAGAUAUGUAGUAACAAGGUGGUAUAGAGCACCCGAAGUAAUUCUUUAGGCAUCGGAAUACACUAAGGCCAUUGAUAUAUGGAGUGUUGGAUGUAUAUUUGCCGAACUUCUUGGCAGAACUCCUUUAUUUCCUGGAAAAGACUAUUUAGAGUAGAUAUAAAGGAUAAUCGCAGUUUUAGGUACACCUUCAAAUGAAGAAAUGAAAUAUAUUACUAAUGAAGGAGCCAUCAAAUAUAUUAAGUAAUAUCUAAUUAAUAUUUGAAGAUCCUUGCCAAAAAGAACUAAACAAAAUUUUAAUCAAUUAUUUUAAAAAGUGAAUCCAACUUGCUUAGAUUUGCUUUCUAAAAUGCUAACUUUUAGUCCUUUUCAAAGAUACACAGUGGAACAAUGUUUGAGCCAUCCAUAUUUUGAAGGAUUGCAUUCGAAGGAAGACGAGCCUAGAUGCAAUUCCUAUUUUGAUUGGGCUUGGGACAAAAUGGAAUUGAAAAAAGAGCUUUUAUAACAAACUGUUUAUGAGGAAGCAAUUUAAUGGCAGUAGAAGAAUAAAGCGAAUUAUAAAAAAUUCUGA